UGCGACGAGCGGCAUUGUGAAAAGUGAAAAAUGGUUUUUCCGCCCUGGGCAGUCGAUGCGCUUGGGACGCCCGAGCAUGUGCCGUUGCCUGUCAGCGUUUAACAAGUGUUUUCCCCCCAGUUUUCCCUCAGUUUUGCCCCCCAAAACAAUCGCAUCUUUAAACAACUUGUGGGCGUGAGCCAAAGCGGAAAUGAGAAAAUUUAAUUUUAACAAUUAUUAAUUGUCAUGCGGUGUCAAAUCAAAUUGUGCCUGUGUGUUUUCGUGCUAAUUGCGUAAAUAAUCUCUUGAAGUAAUUACCUCACAUGACUCAAGUAAGCUGCAGCUUACACAAGUACAGUCGAUUAAAGUGCCUUUAAGUUGAAAGCAUUUAAAAUACAAAUAAAUUCGAAAUAAUUGCAACAAAGCAGCAACGAUUUGUUUAUUAAACGAAAAGCACACAGACGAGCAAAACCCCCCGCAAAAACGAAGGAGAAUAAAUGGAUAUAAAAAUAAAUUAAAAUAAAAUAGCAGAGGCAGCGGGAAAAACUCGCUAAGAGAAAGAGCGAAACAUGUUCAAUUUGCUGCGAAGAUCGCGUCGCGGAAAAGCGCACAAGAUCGUCGGCGAUGAAGAUGGCGAUGUGGAUGUGGAUGUAGAUAGAGAUAGAGAUAGACCCUUGAGAUACAGUCAAAUUGGGCAGAUAUCUGCCGCCGCUCAAAGAGCAGAAGAACCGGCGGUAAGAGCACGACGGGCGGUGAUCGAAGAGCUGGAGGACUUUGCCAGCGACUUUGACAACGACAACGACACAAACAGCAGCAUCAGCGGUGGCGACGAAGAGCGUUUAAAAUUAGCAAAAACAGCUGCUAAUGGCCGCUCCGACAAUUUGUAUAUAAAUAAAAUGGGCGGCGAUGGGCGGCGGAUGGAGGUGGAUGGGUAUGGGACGUAUUCCUCGGCCGCUGAUCGAAAUGCGGCUACCAGCAGCAGUCAAAACGAGGCAGCCAGCGUGAUCGCGAGCAAAAGCUGUGGCGGUCAGCUAAUUGGCACUAUCGAGAUUGAGAACGAUAUCGAUGGCCCCACAACCAUAACACAUCGCCAUCGACAACGCCACGAAGGUGAGCAGCAGAAGCGCCAAUCCCUGCUCUCCAUUGCCAGUUUCAAGUUGGCUGGGGGCCAUACCAAGGAUACUAACGAAACCGAGCCGAAAAAGCGUAAAACUCUGCAGAAGAGUCGCGAUUUUCUAAGCGACAUUUUCAUGGCGCGUGGUCGAAAUCAUCAGCGUCAAAAGCAGCAACAACAGCAGCAACAGCAGCAACAGCAACAGCAGCAGCAACAACAGCAACAACAGCAGCAACAGCAGCAGCAACAACAGCAGCAACAGCAGCAGCAACAACAGCAAAAGCAGCAGCAAAUUGCCGCAGUGGCAGCAGCCAAAUCGCAUAAAAGUAAUGCCACAGACGUAAUCGCCACCGCAACACACCUUGAAACGAACUCCGACCCCGCGCUCGCAUCCACGACUACUUAUCAAAUGACUUUGGCUAAUAAUAGCCCAGAGAAUAGCGGCCAACGAAGAGCGAUCGAAGAGAAAAGUAAGCCAACUGGAGUGGAGAAGUGGCAAGAGAACCACACAACACAGAGUUUUCAUUUUCCCGCAGAGAGCGAGCAUUUUCCCCGACAGAUCGAGCCGGAAAAAGAGCCGCGAGCAGCCAACAUGCGUUCGUCUUUCAUUCAAGCGGCAAACGUUGAGCGGCCAACAGCAAUUGCCGAACAGCAGCAGCAACAGCAACAGCAGCAGCAGCAUCCGCAGCAGCAACAGCACGGCGAUGCAAUUGCUGUUCUGCAGCAACAUCUGGUCAGCAAGCAGCAACAUCAGCAGCAACAUCAGGAACAGCAGCAGCAACAUCAGCUGCAACAGCAACAUCAGGAGCAACAUCUGCAACAACAGCAACAUCAGGAACAGCAGCAACAACAGGAGCAACAUCAGCAAUCAAGUGACAUAACCAUGGGCCAAACCAGCGCCAAACCGAACGAAAUCAGUUCGGCCCACAGUUCGCGUGCCAGUACGCCACGUGAGUUCCGUGAGUCGGUCGUGAUUCCGCCGCAGGCGCCGCCGAGGCACCAAAAGUCACCGGAAGUGCCCAGAAUCACGGUGGAGGAUUGCAGUUUGCCGGAGGAGCAGCCGUCCAAGACGCCGGAAAUAUACUACGAACUAAAUGAAACAGCGGAGGAUACGCUGAACAUCGAGGAACUGAACGAGGCGCAUAUCGAAACGCUGGAAGAUGAGGUGUUCGCCACGGAUAUACCCGCUACUAUCUAUCAAAACUCGAAUGGUCGCCCCUGGACGCGACUGAGUCAUGUGAAGCUGGAGAAUGUGCAGGAGGAAGCCGAGGAUGAGGAGGAGCAGGAGGAGCAGGAGGAGCAGGAGGAGGUGGACGAUGACGACGAGGCUGUGGAUCUGGACUAUGAGCCACAUAUGUCCGGCAGCAGUCAGUCGAAUGGCAACUCGCGUCAAUCGGCGAGCAGCGAACGCAGCGCCCUGAAAAGUGACUCCAAUUUGAGCAGCAGUUAUGCGGAUUCCGGGAUCGGGGAGCAGGAAUUGAAUGCACCACAGCAGCAGCAGCAGCAGCAUCAGCAGCAACCACCGCAACCACCGCCGCGCAGCUCAUCGCACAUGGCAACCAACCAAAAUGUGAACCACACCUUCAUACGCGAUGGCAACUCCACGGACUGCGAGGAGACCUUUCUGCAGUGCGACGAACUCGACGACAUUGAGCGUUUCAGCGAGUUCAGCGAGCGAUUGGUAUGCAUCGAGAGCAUCAGUCUGCCGGAUGUGGUUGUCGAGUCAACGACCGCCAAUGCAUCCACAUCAGGAGCAUCAUCAUCAGCAACAGUAGCAGGAACAUCAACAGCACCAUCAUCAUCAUCCACAAGCACAAAUGGCGGCGAUGCGCAGAUCAACAUCAAUAUUGCCAAUGGAGCGGGGGGCAAUAGCCUGGGCAAUGUGCACUUCAUACCCAUCCACGUCGAGGGUCGCAGUCGCAGCAACAGUCCCAAGCAACGCAGCCGGGACGACAGCUGUCUUGGCCAGGACAUGGCGCCCAGCAUCGAGAUCGUCGAGGAUGGCAGUGUGCUCAACAAGCCGGCGCGCCAGGAGAGUCCCUUCGACAACCAGGAACUCAGAAAGGAGCUGAAGCAGCAGAAGGCUCGAUUCGCCAGCCAACUGGACGAGGCCCACAAAAAUGCCAGUCAACUGGAGGCCAAGGUGGGCGACAUGCAGUUCAAGAUCCAGAAACUAGAGCAGGAACUCUCGGUCAAGCAAUGGAAUGUGGAGAGACUGCAGGGCGAACUGAGUGCAGCUCACAAGGACGAUGAGUAUGUGCGGAAAAAGCUGAAACUUCUCGAGGAUGAGAAGGUCCACCUACGGCACAAAUACAGCGAAAAUCAAGAUGAAUUCCAAAACAAAUAUGACGAACUUGAAGCUCAGUACAACGAACUAACCGAGAAGUACAAAGUGACGCAGAGCCUGGCCAAGAGCCUGCAAACCCAACUGGCCUGUGCCCAAGUGGAGGCCGAGGAGUGGCGCCAGCAGGUGGAGCGGAUCCGAGCGGAUCUGGAGGAGCAGAUACGCAUCCUGAAAAACGCGCUGGACAACUCGGAGGCGGAGCGCAAGAUCUGCGAGGACAAGUGGCAGAAGGAGUUCGAAAUGCUCAGGACGCACAAUCGAGAGCGCGAGGAAACGCUGAUGACGGACUGCGAGUGGCAACUGCGGCAGAUGCAGCGGCAGUGCAAGGACAAGACGGACAAGUCCAACUACGAGCGGAAGCAGGCGUCCGCCAAGGCGGAGGAGCUGGAACUGGAGCUGCAGUCCCGGAGGAGGGAGUCCGAGAUGCUGCGCACCUGCCAGGCGCAGGUGAACUCGCUGCGGGGCGUGGUCAGCGAACAGGAGCAGUCCAUCCAGACGCUAAUGGACCGCAUCGAGAAUCUGAAGGGCGAUCUGCAGUCGGCCAACGAGAAUCUCGAGGCUCAGAUCGAGGCGGUGCACAAGAUCAAGUAUCAGUGUGAUAAUGCCAUCUAUGACAAGGAGCGCCAGAUGAUCUACAAAAUCGAUGAGGUGCGCAAUGAGGCGGCCGCCUUCUGGGAAAACAAACUUUACACAGAGAUGACAAGACUGACAAAUGAACUGGAGUCCGUGUAUGUGGACGAGCGCCGCGAGGCGUUGGACAAACUGCAGAACGAGCACAUCGAGGAACUCAGAGCGCUGACCAACAGAUACACCGCCAACGAGGAGGAGCUGCGGGCUGAGAUUGAUGAUCUGCACGAGAAUCUGGAGCAGAAGAAGCAGGACUUCCUCAGCCUGCGCGAACGUUCGGAUAACGCGCUGCUCCAGACGCGAAUGCAUUUGGAUAAGGCCGAUCGCGAGUACCAGAAUGCCAUGUGCCGCGAGGAGGAUCGCCGCGUGGAGCUGGAGGAGCGGCUCCAGAAGGAGUUCGUGGCGGAGAAGGCCGAGAUGGAGGAGAAGUUCCGCGAACGCCUGGGCCAGGUGAAGGAGGAGUUCGCCAAGGAGCUGCAGCUCUCCACGCAGGAAAUGGUCGAAACACAUCGAAAGGAGCUGGACUCUCAAAAGGCCAAGUUGCAGGCGGAGAAGGAGGAGGCGUUGCAGGAACUUGUGGAACGACAUCGCGCGAAAAUGGCCGCUGCCGAUGAACGAAUCAACAUGGAUCAGCGUUUAGGUCCAACGACAGCCUCUCCAGCCCUGUGGGCGUUCGCAAAGGGGGCGUGGCCGUAUAUGCCCACACUAUAUGUGCUUUAUCUGACCAUGUCGCCGCUGAUCGCCAUCGCAUGCCUGGUGUUCAAUAUUGUCGCCGUGAUCUAUAUCAAAUACCGCCACCUCCUAGCCGAUGUAGAACUUCGGCACCAGCGCAAUCUCAAGGACCUGAAGGCGGCCUACGAUGCCGAGAAGGCGGCGCUGGACAAGCGCGACAUCAGCAACGCCAACGAGAUCGAGCAGCUGCAUCGCAAGUGCCGCUGCCUGACCAACCUAUUCGAGGAGAUGCGCAUGCGAUACGAGCGGCGAGAUCCUCGAGCGGAGGAUCUGCGUGAGAUAUCCGAGUUGAGGACGCGCUGCGAGAGUCAGGAGCGGGAUUUGUAUGUGCUGACCGAUCGGCUGCGGGAAAUGCAGAUACAAAUGUCCGAGAUGCAACAGAAUGGGGAACGCAAGGGGCAAGGUGGGAAGGCGGUGAAGAAGCCGCCGCCCAAAUCGAUAGCCACCAGCUGUGACGUCAUAUACGAGGAGAACGAGGAGCGGGAAACGCCCGACAAGGAAAAUGGUGAACUGGAGGAAGAGGAGGAGGAGGAGGAGGAGGAGGAGGUGGAGCAGGAGCCCAGCGACACGGAAUCAAAUCACACGAUCGAGGUCAAUGGAAAAUGCGAUCGGAUCAACGAAGAUGACGCCCAUCUCAUCACCGCCGUGUGAUCGGUCAGAUCUUCUAUAGAUAUACAUAUAUCUAUAUAUAUAUAGAUCUUCCAAUUUUGUGGCUGUAUUCUUCGAGAUCCCCAGGAGUGGAUGUUCCAGGAGCAAGGAUGUGUGAUCCCGGGUGCUUUGGUGUGCUUCAUGUGCUGCCCUCCGUAUCGCUGGAUGCGGAAACCGACCCACUCAACCAAAUCGCUCAAAGCUUGAACUCAUAAAAAUUGUAAAUGAAAUUUCUGAAUUGGUUUCUGAAACCGCUAAAAAAACAAAAGGAACGAAUAAAUGUACAUAUUUUUAAUUAA